GUCGUUAUCCAAUUCCUGUGACACCACAGCCCUCACACUGGCGACAAAUGCUGGCUCUUCGCGCUCUACCAUUUUCACCACUAGCCAGACGCAUCGUUUCACGUGUUAUUCACACUAAAGGAUUUGAUAUGCGUAGUCGGAGACCAUGAAAAUGCUUCGAUUUCGUAGUCCAAGCAUCCCUUCCCUCAACCAGGAGAUCCAAUGCACGGUGCGUCUUCUGGACGACUCCGAGGUCUCCUGUAAUAUCCAGAGGGAAACUAAAGGGCAGUUCCUACUGGACCAUGUCUGCAACCACUACAAUCUCAUGGAGAGGGACUACUUCGGCAUCAGAUAUGUGGAUCCAGAGAAACAGAGACACUGGCUGGAUCCCAGUAAACCGGUAGUGAGGCAAAUGAAAUCUCAGCAGCCAUAUACCAUGUGCUUCAGAGUAAAGUUCUACCCCCAGGAGCCAAUCAAGAUCAAGGAGGAGCUGACGAGGUACCUCCUGUACCUGCAGACCAAGAGGGAUAUUUACCAUGGUCGUUUGCUGUGUCCGUUUGCUGAUGCGGCAUACCUUGGAGCAUGUAUUGUGCAGGCUGAGUUGGGUGACCAUGACGCAGAUGAGCACCCAGAGGACUACAUCAGUGACUUCAAGCUCUUCCCCAAACAGACCCUGAAGCUGGAGAGGAAAAUCAUGGAGCUCCACAGGAAUGAGUUGAGAGGACUUAGUGCUGCCAUGGCUGAGCUCAACCUCCUCCAGAGGGCACACACACUUGACACAUACGGAGUGGAUCCACACCCCUGCAAGGAUUUCACAGGAGCCACUGCCUUCCUUGGAUUCACUGCCCGAGGCUUUGUGGUGUUUCAGGGGAACAAGCGCAUUCACCUGCUCAAAUGGGCUGAUGUCAACAAACUCAAGUUUGAGGGGAAGACGUUUUAUGUGAUUGGUCUGCAAAAAGAGAAGAAACUGGUGUUGACCUUCCACACCUCCACGCCAGCAGCAUGCAAACAUUUGUGGAAAUGUGGAGUUGAAAAUCAGGCCUUUUACAAAUGUGCCAAGUCGAGCCAGAUAAAGACCGUCUCCAGUAGCAACAUCUUCUUCAAAGGGUGCCGGUUCCGAUACAGUGGGCGGGUAGCUAAAGAGGUGAUUGAGGCCAGCUCUAAGAUCCAGAGGGAACCUCCGGAAGUUCACAGGGCUGGAUUUUGUCAGAGUAAAAGUUUCAGCUCACUCAGUCACAAGCAACUGAUUAUGAACAUGGAGCCUCUACUGCCUGCAGACAACAGACACACUGCUGCAGACAAUGUCCAAAGCCUGUUAAGCUGUCUCAGGGCCGUGGCUACAGUCAGGCCUCACACUGCAGCUCGUCGGAUCAAACCGCAGCGUCUUCUGGCCCUGAAGGAUUCUGUUCAUCUCUCUCCUCUGAAGCCAUCCAUCAACGCAGCGGAGGCGGUGCCUGAUGAGCGAACAGGCUCCGCCCACACAGAGGCGGGGUCUGCAGAAGCCAGCGUCCCGGCCGAGGGCUCAGGGUCACGGGAGCGACCCGAGGAGAAAGAGGGAGGAGUGAACCGCGAGGCGGAGGAGCCCGAGGCGGAAGAAGAGGAGGCCGACUCAGGCGCCCUGACCAUCUCCGACAUGGUGUACAGCCCGUGCGCCAGCAUGCUGCCCACGCCGGUGGACGACGGUGGCGGCGGUGGCAGUGGCGAGGGGGGAGUGGCCGCCCUCUUCCAGAGCCCAGCCCGCAUGCUGCGCGAGCUCCACGCCGACCCCGAGGUGCAGUGCGAGCUGCGGGCGGAGCGGGAGCGCGAGGUGGCCAUGGAGGCCGCACGGCUGGCCAUGCGCCGGCCCCAGCGCUCCCGCUGGCAGCAGCUCAGGGCGUGCGCGUGCGUGGCUGCCCGGCUGGCGGCGGCCGCCGGUGGCCUGCUGCUGCUGCUGCUGCCCACCAUGCUGCUGCUGCUGGAGUCCGACCUGGACGUGGCCUUCCUGCACGACAUCCGCCAGACGCCCGAGUUCCAGCAGUUCCACUACGACUACUACUGCCCCAUGCGCCGCUGGCUGCUGUGCGAGCUGGACAUGCUGCUGGAGGCCAUUGUGGGAGACUGAGCACCAGUGGGCGCCACAGACUCUCGUCAACAUCACUGGACUACUGUGGGAGAUGUGGGAGAGGCACAGGGAAGAAGGAUUGUUUUCACACUCUCAGGCGCUGAUGGGGACAGAGUGGGGUGAUGUGGUGGUUGGGAGAGGAAUGCUUCAGCAGCAGAUUGGAGUGAGAGAAGUGACAGAGCGGAGAGAGAGAAAGAAAGAAAGUGUGAAUAAGAAAGAGAGAGUCAGCUGACAUCAACCCUUUCUCCCUGACAGUUUCAGGCUUUUAGAUAUGUAUACUUACAAACGAAAAAAUAGAAGAAUAAUGUUAAUAUCACAAAAGAUAUUCAAAUCAGUUUUUAAAUGUUUUGUACAUUUUUAUGUAAAGAGCUGCUGUUGACAGGAUUUUUUUCAGCAAGAAGCAUCUACAAAUUUAUUUAUUGACACAGGGGGAGGAAAGUGAGCUAUUUUUACUGUCUGCCGUCAUGUUAACUUGACCAGCAGUUCUCUGAGUUUUCUUAUGGAAAUACAAUAGCACAAUAUUUUGAAAUGGAGACUUUUUGCAGAUUACCUGAUGUCAUUCUGAGCGGACACAACAGGUGGUCCAAAUUUUAAGGUGUUUGUUCUUCAACCGAGAUCAAAUAUCAGGUCAGACCAGGCUGUUUGCUGGUCCACUCAUGCUGAUGACCAAUUAUGCAGUUCAGUGUUCUCCAUCAUGUGGCAGUGUGAGUGGUUUUGGAGGGGAAGUGCAUUGUAUUGGUAGGAGCUACUAAAAACUGAUUUGGAAUAAAUGCAGGCAAUGAUAUAUAGAACAUACAAUGAUAUGUCAAAAGAUCCUUUUGUCCAGCAUCCAUUCUUGUUAGAUCUGUGGGAAAUGAAAAUGAAGUUGGUCAGGUAUAAGUCAGGUCAGACUGCAUACUCAGGAAAGACGGUGGAGAACUGAUGGGAUGUAUCUCUGUGCAAAAUGAAAAAAAAAUCUUAACUGCUAAUACUGUAUCUACUCAUACACAUGGUUGUCAUCAUAGUGUGUUUGUGACUCCAUAUAUGUCUUCAAACUUGUAUGUGCAUCUGCUCAUUAAUCUAAGUGCUUGAAUGGUUUAGAGUCAAUUUCAUUUGUUUCCGUGACCUAGCUAAUGGGAUCAUGAUUACCUAAUAAUAAAAAACACUCAACAUAUAGCCAUGUUGUAAUUUUAAACUCAUAUUCUAGUCUCACUGAAGACAUAAAUAACACAGACAUAUAAGGUAGUGCACCCAGCAGUCUGAUCCAGGAACAUCAUUGGAAAAGCUCAGUCAUGAUGAGUUGAAUUUUUGUGCUGAGCUCAUUUGCAAUGCAACCAGUAAGUUGCCACCCUUUGUUCUCUGAUGCAAGCUUGUAUUGACACCAGUCUCACAAACAUUCAGGUGUUAAAAGCAUAGAGCAUAUUGUACCAUCUCUGCAUCUGUUUCACUAGGCUAGCUGCCAUUUUCCCAACGGACACACGAGGAAAAGACCUGCAUGAGCUCCUCUGUAAAUACCGCAGUGAUGUUAGUGAUCAGGCCAUCGUAUCAUACACUGCAUGACUCACCAUAAUCCCAUGGAUCUUCCACAGCACCGAUCAACAUUGUGCUGCUUGCAUGAUAUGUGCAGAGCAAACUAGAGCAGCGCCUCGUCCCUUACAACCAUUGUUAGAGAGCCUAUGUGCGUGUGAGAGAGAGAGUAUUCCAAAUAUGUCUCUCUCUCUGCCAUUUUGUGAUGUUUGGGACAACACACUCAACCACAGCAUCUGUUUAUUGUCACUAAACAAAGCAUUGCUUACAUUGCUUAACUUUUCUGUUUUUCAAUUGUGACCUCGUCCUUGUCUGACUUUCCCAAAUUUCCCUUUUCACAAUCAUUUCUGAAAAAAAAAAAUGUUUAGAGUAAUGCUGUAGGAAAUAUUGUGCUUUUGUGUGUGUAUAUUCAUGUACAAAGAUAAGCUAACCUCACUCCCCAUCCAAAAUAUCGUCUGCACAUGUACAUCUUAACCGUCAUAGCUACAUCGAUAUUAACAACUAUAGAUAGCAUUUUGUAAAUGGCAGACCGAAAUGUUUUACCCAAUGACAUUGUAGCAUUAUUUAUUAUAUUUGUAGCCUUACUUUCUUGUUGCAUGGGGGGAAAAAACAGCCACACCGCAAUGAUACUAUAUAAUUUGAGUGACAGUGACUGUCAUUGUUUCAAUGGCCAUGUGUGUUUGUUUGUUUAUGUAUUUAUUUAACUUAUUUAUUUAUUGCUAUUUAAGGAAUAUGAGAGUGUUGGCUAGUGCUCUGUUGUUUCAUGUGAUCUCCCAUAGAACCAUUGAACCAUUACAGCUCAGUGAAGGGGAGAAGUCGGAGUCCUCUUCUGCUAAUGGCUGUAGCUGAUGGAUAAUUAUUGGUGCACCACAGCCACAAAGAGGUUUGAGUGACAUCUAAAAGGUUUCUGUUGUUGUUUUCACUUGAUGUUGCUAUGUACUUCAGAAUCCACCAGGUGCAGCCAGACAUCCAGCUCAGAGUUCUAUUCAAGUUUGUUUAAAUGGCAUCAUUGUAAUGACCACAGUCACAAGGCAAUUCAUUAAGAGUGAGUCCUCCAGAGCAAGCACAAGGCAGCAGUAGCAAAGAAAAACCUUUUAUUGGGAAGAAAGCUUGAAACGGGCUCGAUUCCUGAGUCCUGCUUGAGAGAGGUAAACGUAUGAGGAUAAAUGGAGAGAGCGAGGGCGAAGAGAAGAGGUACAGUAGGAGGAAAUGACAGAGGGAAGUGAGGUGAGCAUAGCCUACAGAGGUAAUCCAGAUUAGUUCUGGAUUGUAAACAAGGCAUACAACUUCCCUAUGUUAGACACAUCAACUCAAGGUAAAUGUUAAUUAAUCAGAUUUUAUUAACAACUCUUUUUUUAAAGGUAUCAUAUGUGAUUUUGCAAAAAGGUUGUUGAUGUUGAGCUCAACGGCUAAUCAAAUUACCUGACUCCAAGUCACUAUGUUUCCCAUUCACACAGCCUGUUUUUGAACAUCCUUUGUUGCAAACACACAGAACAGCUACAGCAUGGAGGGGAACAACUGGUUGAAUUUCUUAAAUACUGGAUUAAAAUAGCAGACACUGC